CCUUCCUCCUCUUCCUGUCCGGGGCGGCUGAUGAAACUGAAAGUGCUGCUGCUGCUGCAGCUGGGGCGCCUUUUUUUUUUUCACCUUCAGUCCUGUGAACACUACGGGGGGGUGAAUCCGGUCGGGGGGUGGAAAACCCUGGGUCCUGGGUAAAGCAUGAACGGAAGAGUGGAUUAUCUGGUCACGGAAGAAGAGAUCAACCUUUUCAGGGGACCCUCAGGGCUGGGCUUCAACAUCGUCGGAGGGACAGACCAACAGUAUGUGUCCAACGACACUGGCAUCUACGUCAGCCGAAUCAAAGAGGAUGGGGCUGCGGCCCAGGAUGGGCGGCUCCAGGAGGGGGAUAAGAUCCUCUCGGUGAACGGCCAAGACCUGAAGAAUUUGCUGCAUCAGGAUGCCGUGGACCUCUUCCGAAAUGCUGGUUCUGCCGUGUCUCUGAAAGUGCAGCAUAGGGUCCAGGUGCAGAAUGGACCGUUGGGCCAUCGAGGGGAAGGAGAACCAAGCGGAGUCCCUGUUGCCAUGGUGCUGGUGCCAUUGUUGGCUGUUGCCAUGGCAGCAGCCUGGGUCAUCAUGAGAUAUCGGCAGCGGCUGUGAUAAGAAUUUGUUUUCCCCCAGAGCCCCCUGAUGAUCUUUCUCCCUCUCUCUGUCUGCCCACCUAUCCACUUCUGUACAGAGCCACCACACGAUUUAAAGAGAACGAAUGGACUGUUCUGUUCUGGACUGAUGUUGGGGAGGGCUUGUCCAACUACUGAAAAGCUGUCAUUCUUCCGAGGAGGGUGGAGGAGUGGGAAAUGGGUUGGCGAGCUGAAGGAGAGAGUGCUGGGUAUGGGAGAGAUGGGUAUUCAUUAGGGUAACCCGCGGUCCAGCCAUGGGCCUCAUCCCCUAGCUAGGAAAAUCCUGCCAAUCUGCUCACCCAGGGUGAUACCUUUCCUCUUGCCUGGCCUGUUUCAAGGCCGGUUGUGUGAGCUGAGAGAAAGAGAAAGGGUUUUCCUCUUUUAGUGAUCUUACUUGGAAACUCUUUCCGGUCCUCACUUUUUUCCUGUCUACAAACCUAGGUGCCUACAUUGAACAAAGGAGAAUGAGGGGGCCAUUUUUACCAUUGAAAAACAUGAUGAUAGUAAAUGCCAUAUGGAGAAUUAAAGAGACAAAAUAUUUUGUGGUUUUUAGGUUUUUGGUGUUAGGGCUUGUGCUUUUUUUUUUUUAACCCUUACUUCUGUCUUAGUAACAACACAAAGACAGAAGGACAAGGGCUAGGCAAAUGGGGCUAAGUGAAUUGCCUAGGGUCACAGUGAGGCAGUGUCUGAGGUCAGAUUUGAACUGAAGUUCUUUCUACUCAGACCUGGUGCUCUAUCCACUGUGCCACCUGGCUACCCUGGACUUAUACUUAGUUCUUCAUAAUGAGAGGGCACUAUGGAAGGGUCCUGGGCUUAGAGAGAGAAGCUGAAGGAACUAGCCAGAGAUUUCUCAGGGAAAAUAUUUUUUCCCAUGACAGCUAUGUGGGAGAGGUUUUUUCACCCUUUAAUUUAUAGGCACUUCAUAAAAAAUCUUUGCAAAAAUAAAGUCCAAGACCUUACAUUAAGAAAUUUUAUAAUUUAUAAAACAGCUGUCUCUCUCUCCCACAGAACACCCCAAUUCCCCACAUGCUUUCUUCCUUUCUCUUUGUUCUUUCUUUCACUGUCUGCAUAUCCCUAACUUUGCCUGGAGACCCUUUACCCUAAACUCUCCUGGUCCCCAUAUGUUUUGAGACCUGGCCCCUCCAGAGCAUCCAGAGUCUCACUGUUGCAUGGUUGCCUGUUUACAUGCCAACGAGCCCAGAUGAUGGCCCUGUGAAUGCCAAGUUGAGAACUGAAAUCAAGUUUUGUUCGGUCAGGAGCAUCCAGGAUGAUUCUAGGCAAAACUCCUCAGAGCAAGGCAAGAGGUAAAGGGGCUCUCUCCCAGGUCUCUCCUCUUCCCUCUACCCAUCUUGGAUAGUACUUCCAUGUCCUGUGCCAAAAUAUAGCAAUUAGCAUUCUCUACUCCAUCAGCAUUCAGUUCCGGGGUCCCAUGCCACUAUAGCCUAUACAUUCAGCUGUAGAAAGGUCUGUGAGCUUGAAGGGGUAACCUGAUUGCCUCCUGGGCUACUAAAAAUUGUCCUUUUCAUCCUGUGGUCCCCUGUGAGAUGAAGUUAGCUAGGUAGGUGGUCCAGUUGUGUUAGGUGCCCACUAAUGCCCAUCAAUCAGACUCCUGGCAGCUCCUGAAAGAAGUCAGCGGGAAAUUGAUUUCUUCCAGUAAACAAAUAUUUAUUGAGAUGCAAGGUCACCACAAAGCCUUUUAGCCUAGUUUUAUCUAGCUAUCCUUCAGGCUACCCUGUCCUGAUAAGGGAAACCUGUCUGCAGUACAGACAACAGAAGCGGGGUCCAAACUCAAGGUUCAGGAUUUAGUCGGUGUGGGCACUUCCCCCCAGGGAUUCCUUCACCCUCUCCUCCCAGGUGAUUCCUCUGUUUUCUCUCCCAGCUCACUGAAGGUCUCCCUACUGCAGUUGGGGAUGGGUUGUUGCCUCUUGGGCUGCCCAUCUGUAUGUGUAUCCUAACCGUGUGGCCGCUUCUCCUGCCUCUCUGUUCCUUGGUGCCUUCAGUGACCUUGUGGCGUGUCCCCCUGCCACCAUUCUGUGGCAUUGGUAAUUGCCUGUCCUGCAUCUUUCUGUCACUCUUUGCAUUAUGAUGUUCGUUCUUCCGAAUGGGUGGUGUGUUUCAUCCACCUCUUCUGGGAUCGCUGGGAGAAUGUGAGCAUGAAAGAGGUGGGCUUGAUUGGCAGUGAGCCCUUGGUCUUACAGAAAUCCCAGCCCUGAGUGCUGAUAGGAUCUUAUCCAACCUCGCCUUCUUUUUUUUUUUAAUUUUAUUUAAUUGAUUAAUUAAGAGAAUUUUUCCAUGGUAACAUGAUUCAUGUCCUCCCAACCCCCUCCCACAGCCAACGAGCAAAUCCACUGGGUUUUACAUAUAUUGUUGAUCAAGACCAUAUUUCAUAUUAUUUCUAUAUUUGCACUAGGGUGAUCAUUUAGAGUCUACAUCCCCAAUCAUAGCCCCAUCAAACCAUGGGAUCAAGCAGUUGUUUUUCUUCUGUGUUUCUACUCUCACAGUUCUUCCUCUGGAUGUGGACAAUGUUCUUUCUCAUAAGUCCCUUAGAAAUGUCCUGGAUUGCUGCAUUGCUACUAAUGGAGAAGUCCCUUACAUUUGAUUGUACCUCAGUGUAUCAGUCUCUGUGUACAAUGUUCUCCUGGUUCUGCUCCUCUCGCUCUGCAUCACUUCCUGGAGGUUGUUCCAGUCCCCAUGGAAUUCCUCCACUUUAUUAUUCCUCUUAGCACAAUAGUAUUCCAUCACCAACAGAUACCACCAUUUGUUCAGCCAUUCCCCAAUUGGAGGGCAUCCCCUCAUUUCCCAAUUUUUUUGCUGCCACAAAGAGCAUCUCGCCGUCUUAAUAUGGAGCUCAGUUCAUUUUCUGUCUUCAAGACUUCCCCAAGAUAAACGUAUUGAUCUCUAUUCGGCUGCUUGUGACAAUUUGGGCCAUCUGCUUUUUUCUUUCACUGUGUUUCCCCCUGGUGUGGAUGACUAGACCAAUCUCCUUCAUUUGCUGUGAAGGCUUUGUUGUGUUUCAGGGCUCAAGGCAAUGAGGGGACUACAAAUAAUUGCAUUCUAUUAUUAUUGUUUCUAAAUAUACACAUUUUUAAUGCCAAAAA